AUGAGCAACCGACAAGCGGCUAUCCAGCGCAUCACCCGCAUCAUUACGGCGGAGUAUCCUGGCGUGAAAGUGGAGUAUUUUGGCAGCACACUCACGGGCUUGCUACUGCCUACCAGCGAUAUUGACGUGGUGGCCGUGGUGAGCGGUCCGGGCGGCCCUGCUGCAUGGUUACGCGGUUGUUACGUGGCGAUGCAACGACAUAAUGCAGACGUGAAAUGCAGCGAACUGGUGACCAAAACAAAAGUUCCGCUGCUGAAGUUCGUGGAUGUGGCUACGGGAAUGAACCUGGAUCUAUCGUACGCAUCCAUGCAUCAUUAUAAUCAACCCCAGGGCGUGGCGAAUUCCAGUUGGAUCAUAUCCGCAAUCAGUCGCUAUCCGCUGCUGCCGAAACUUGUCACUGUCGUUAAGGAGUACCUGCGCCGCCGCAGUCUCCACGAAGUCUACCGCGGCGGAGUCAGUUCCUACGUGGUCACUCUGAUGACCAUCAGUUUCUUCCAGCACCAGGCGACCGGCGACAACCUGGGUCGCUUACUGCUGCGAUUCCUCCAGUACUACGGCACAGAAUUUGAUUUCGAUAAGCAAGCCAUUAUCGUGACGGGAAACGGUGCGAUCAUAUCGAAGUCGGAUAUGCGGCGUAAAUUGGGCUUUAGGGAAAUUAGCCUUUCCCUGAGCAUCCAGGAUCCGGUCGAGUCCGGUCGGGAUGCCGCCGCUCCGUCGCACCGCGGGAUGGAUGCAGCGAAGAGGGCGUUCCGUGAAGCACAUGAUGCGUUGCAGCGCGCGGUGGACCGUUCGACGCAAACAGGGGAUACUGUGAGUUUCCUGGAGGUGAUCUUCGAUUACUUCAAACAUUCGCGUCAUUUACGCUAUUUUUGA